GCCGUGAAAAGUGGAAGUGGGGACUGGGGACUGGCGAGUGGCGAGGACAUUUCGUCCAGUUAUGGCGGAAAAUGUUUUCGUUCUAUGAUAGACACUGAUCCGCGUUUAUAUCGGUUUAUCGACUCGGCCGAUCGCUGACUUGACAACGCUGAGUCCCAUUUGAAUCCUGGUGGAAGCAUUCAUAUCCCGUAAACAUGGAUACUCGUGGUAUCGAGGUCACGAAUCAACUUCGAAGUGCUAUUCGCGCCAAAUUAAACGAACUAAGUGUGCGCUACGAUGAGGAACUACCAGACUAUAUAUUGGUGAUGGUGGUUAAUAAAAAAUCCCGUCAACAGAUGCACGAUGAUUUAAAUCUAUUCCUAGAAGACUGCACAACCAUAUUUGUAGACUGGUUGCACGAUCAAGUGCUGAAGAAACUGCAGAAAGUCACCAUAGCAAAGAAGAAAACAUCUCGUGAGUUUGUACCGACAGUAGUGGUAAAGCAGGAGGAGGAGAGAAAAAAACGAAAGUUAUCAGCAACUUCGUUUCUGGAAGAUCAGACUACAGAGCAAUCGGCUGUCGACAAGUCUUUGGAUAAAAAUGCGAAGAAUGAUAAACAACAUCCUGUGCAAAAGCAACAAACAAUAAAGCCUUUUGUAUCUAAUCAAAACUCGGAACAGAGUUACAGCAAAAGCGCGGAAAAAAACGCAAAGAGUGUACAAAGCAACAAAAAUAAAACAGACGAGGCGUUGACGCAUAAUAGCGAAUCUUGUCAGGAAUCUGCUUCCUCGAAUAGACCGCAGCAGAGUCUCGCGCGUGACGAAAACACGAUGAAAGAAAGCGCUGCGUCGGAAAAUUCUGCCGCGAAGACCGCGGAUGCGCAUCGUGAUCAGAGACCGAGUGAGGUGGCGCCGGGUAAUAAAUGCUUAAAGAGAUCACUAGAGACGUCAAGUAGUCGUCACGACAGCGUCGAGAAGAGAGAUAACGAGGUAAAGCGGUCGAAGCCUUCCGAAGAGGAGGAAAAGGAAGACGCGGCCACAUCGUCAUCACCGGACACGGUUUCGAGGAAGCUCAAGUCCUGCGUGAACAAACCAAAGAUCACGUCGGUUGUGUCGGUGAAGAAUCGACUGGGUAUAGUAUCACCGCGGAAGAAGUUCGAAGUUUACAGGGAGAAGGAAGGCAACGGUCGCUCUCGUCCGUUGGAGAAGCGAUUCGAAAAGUCGCAUCGUUACGACAACGACCGCAGCAAGAAUAGAAACUUUGAGACGGACGAUCGAAAUUCGAGACGGAAUCGCGACGGCGAGUCCUCGCGUCAUCAUGAACAGGUAAACAGGCUCAAUGACGUAAGGAGUCGAAUAGAGAGCAACAAGAACGAGAGACUGAAUAAAAACGUGGCAGAAUCUAGAGAGAGAAUCCUGAAUCCCAGUUCGAAAACGGACAUAUCUGCCAGAAAGUCCACCUGUACCGUUAAAGAUCGUCUAGGCAUUGCAAAUAUCAAUAAUAAAACGCAAAAGCAGUCUGUAAAAUCGCAAGAGGCGACGGAUUAUCGGAACAACUCGAGGAGUUUAGAGCAGAUCGGUAAUAAUACUAAGAAUAUCAAGGAUAGAUUAGGUCCGGUGAAGAACAAUUUCAGGCCUGUGCAUAAAAGAAGGCAGUCUCGCGACAGUGAGGCCGACGAAUCCAUGAUGCCUAUGAAUCUUGGCGCCGAAGAGGAAGAGCAGGAGGAGGAUGACGAAUUAGACAAUGACGAUCAGUCGAUGACUGGUCCUGUGAAAUCGCGCAUAGUCGCUGUGAACAGAUCUGCAUCCUCCGCUGUCGCAAAGAUCGAGAGAAAACGCUCAAGAACCACGAACGAAGUAUCGUUCAAUACAACUCAACAUUCCGGUUACGGGAGCGCGAAAUCACAGUCGGAUAAGAUGGAAAGAGGGACGUCCAGCGAUGUGGAUGACGUGAACAUUGAAGACACGAGGCUACCAAGCAAAGUGAUUGUCACGCCGAGACCUUUGAAGCCGCUGCAACCAACGCAGAAACGUGCUACGCAGUCACUUCUAUUGAGAGCGGUCGCGGAAGCGAAUCAAUCCGUCGUCAAGCAAAAAAAUCCUGAACCGUCCCUGUUGGACAAGAAGCCGGUCUUAAAGCGUCUUAAGCCUACUCCAGCUCGUGAUGUAAGUCAAAACUUGUCGGUACAUUUUAAUUCUAAUAAGAGACUGGUCAUGGAAAAGAUUCAAGUUGAAUUAAACACGGUAGAUAAUCUGGAUACGGAAGACGUCGAACCUUACGUACCUCAAGCGGUAACGGACGAGCAUAUGGGAGUUGUCAUGUCGUUGUUCCAAAGGAGUGACGACAAUCAGAAGUUCUUGGUCACUUUGAAUGGAUAUAACAACAAUCUCAUGAAAGAGAAGAUGGGCUCUGAGGAUGAUGAAGAGCGACUAGAGAUGGAGGUGAACGAGGACGACGAGCUUGCGUUGUUGACGACACAUAGUGAGACAUACGCGGCGACGACAACAACAUCGGCACUGGCAUCGACGCCAAUCGAGUUGGAAGCAGGUGCAUUUAGAAUAACGACGGAUGGAAUGGAGGAUGAUACGGAAGACGUCAGUCUUCUCCUUUCCUCGAAAGAGGCGAGCGGAGAGGAGAACAAUGAAAACUGCAAUACGGAGAACAUGGAUAAGGCUGACGAAGCGCCGCGAAAACGGAGAAAAUUGAGUCCAAUAAUAUACAACAGAUCUCAUUCACCGAGUCCCACGCGAUUGAAAUCUACCGCGUCAUUAUUGCCAACGCUAGUCGCUAAACUUACGGAUAAGAAAGCAGAAAACACAGGCAUGACUGUACCAGAUAAAUCUAGAGAGAACUGUAGGUAUUGGCCAAAUUGUACGUUAGGAAACAAAUGUGCAUACCUUCAUCCUCCUGUUAUGUGCAGUGCCUUUCCAGCAUGCAAGUUUGGAGACAAGUGCGCCUACAAACAUCCUAAGUGCAAGUUUGGUUUAUCUUGCACGAAAUUGGGCUGUAUGUUUUCUCAUCCAGCCCAACAGUGCAAGUACCAUCCGUUUUGCACGAAACCAGCGUGUCCGUACUCUCAUCCGGUUACUUCCAUUCCGGCAACGGAAGCGACGAAUCAGCGGGCAAAAUUUACCUGGCGGCGACGAGAUUGAACGAAUUGUCGCGAAUGUACAAACUUGUCUUACAUCUACCGGGAAAUAAUCAAGUUUCAGGCCGCAAAAGAUUACUUUGUACAAAUCGACGAUAAGACGUAUCUCACGCAAAUUUCAAAUAAUAUUGACGUGAGAUUAACGUAGCAGAAUUGACUUCGCUAUUGAAGAAUGUAUCUGGAAAAAAGUAUGAAGCUUUAGUCAUGAUUUAUUAUAUCGUAUCACAGUUUGCUUUCUUCUGAUGAUUUGUAUUUAAUGAAAUAGAGAGAAGAAUAUAAAAUCCUUAAACAAAUUAAAUCAUUUAAUUUUAAUUAAACCAGAUUAUAAUGAAUUGUUAAAGUUUUAAUUUGUAAUUUAAGAUGAUGCAUAAAGUCGUUGAUUUA